AACAAAUCGCGACAUAGGAGGCGGCCUACUGCGUCUGCAUCUCCCGUCCCGUCGCUCUUCUUUCAACAACGGGUUCCAAGUUCUCAAUGCCCAGGAUUCCCAGGAUUCCCACUACGCCUCUUGUCCGACCAACUUUUUGCUUUUCUUCCACCUCUGGCGCUGUUGAUCUUCGCCACAUCUACCUGCCUACCGCUACCACUGGCUCUAGGUCUCUCUUCGUUUUCUCCCCUUCUCUCAUCCAGCACACUUACCCACCCUCUCCUCUUUCUUAAAACACCUUCUCUUCGCCUCCCUCCUUUACCCCCGCCCCCCUUUCCCAGCUGCUCACCCACCUACCUGCUCGUCCGCCCGCAUCGACUUUUUUUUUUUUUUUGGUGCGCUGUCACGUUAUCCGCAAGCCAUCGCCAUCCUCCUGCUCCCCCCGACACUCGUUUCCCCCCCUACUACGCAUGUUCUCCGUUCCGUGAAUCGCCAACUUCGGGCAGUUGGUUGCCAUCGCACAGCCCGCAACCAAACCACGCCAACUCUCAAACACGUCGCCAGGAUGGGUAUCGUCGAAAGGAAGUCGAUCCGCGCCUGCAUCACGCGCCCGUCUCGCCCGCAGAAGAUCACAUUGGCCGUGCUCGUCCUCCUCUUCGUCUUCUAUUCGCUGACGCCGUACGACAGCCCGCUGAGGUCCUUCUUCAGAUUCCAGCACAAUGUCGUGCAGGAUUAUUAUCAAAAUGCCCUCCCCAGCGAUGCCUGGCUCUUCAGCCCCCAGCCAUACCCGAUCGAUCCGGACAACGACGUCGCUAUCAUAAUCAAGACCGGGUUUGGGACGAGAAAUCGGGUGCCCCGGACCCUACAGGCGCUGAGCAACGAGUCCUUCUUUGCCGAUGUACUCGUCGUCCAGGAUUUCCCCGCGCUACGGAACCAGUACUACGCUUUGUCAAACGGCAAAAAGGUGCCCGUCAUCGACAUUAUCGGGUGGAACCUGGACCGGGGGGCUCUCAAGGGCCAGGAGUGGCAGGAACGAGUAAUGAGAUACACCAGUCUGGCCGACGCCGUCGAAGCCGAAGAGUGGGUGCUCGCCGACGGGCUGGGCAAAGACAUCGGUUGGGAACUGGACGCUAUGAAGUUUCUUCCCAGCCUCGAGUAUGUCUGGCAGACGAUGCCGAAGAAGAAGUGGUACAUCAUGACUGACGACGACACCUACCUGAUUAAAUCAUCGUUGGCUCUGCUCUUGGGCCAUCUGAAUUACGCGAAGCCGCACUUCAUUGGCAAUCCCGUAGGUGAUUACAAGGGUCGUUUCCCCCACGGUGGGUCCUCGGUAGUCAUGUCGGGCGCCGCUGUCAGCAGGCUCUACGACGGACACCCCGAGGUCGUCAUCGAAGGCCACCAAGAAUCGCCCACCGCAAUCUGGGGCGACAAGCUGCUCUCCACCACCUUCAUGAAGAUCGGGAUCUACCUCGACGAGACCUACCGGCGGUUUUUCAACGGAGAACCGCCGUGGAUGACACGGAUGUGGAUAGACCGGUUCUGCCUACCCCUAGUGUCGUUCCACGGCCUGGGCAGCGGUGACGCCAUGGUACACGUGGGCGAGACAUUUAGGAAUAUGACCGAGCCGAUGUUCUGGCGACAGCUGGGCAGGGUUUACGGUGCACCAGACUUUGCAUCCUUCGUUGCCGAGCCUAUCCGGGCCAACAUCGACUACGUCGGGCGCCUCGACGAGCACAGCACUACGGUAGACAAGGUCACCGAAGUGGAGGAGUGUGUCAAGAUAUGCCGCGAGCACUCGACGGGCUGUCUCGCCUGGACAUUCGACCCCGGCCGGCAGCAGUGCAGCUUCGGGCGGUGGGCCAUCCUAGGCGACCACGCCGAAGGGCGCUUCUCGGGCAUCGACGGGCAGACGGCCCAGAAGAUUGAAAGCCUAUGCCAUUCGUCCCCGUAGGACGACCACAUCUCACUUCCCCUUCUUCGCUCAGGCUCUGAGCCGUGUAUUAUGUAUACGGAUGGGACACUAUAAAACGGCAGGUCUUGCCUAGCGGUAGUGGAAGCGCCACCUGCAAUUUUUUUUUCUUUCUGUAAAAAGGGGAUAAAGGCAGGAAUAUCAUGACUUGGUUUGGAAUGAUACCCGGAACGAUUGGUUAAUUUGUAAUAGAAGGGGGUGAUAGAAUGGGCACGAGAUGAGCCGAAGGGGCCCUCUCGAUCCUACCCGGUGGAAUUCCGAAUCACAGUGUUCCUUUCUUCUACCAUUCCCGCUAGGUAGGCGAAUAAGAUCAGACCCUUCUACGAUAUAGUCGUCACGCAUGUCUCUGGCCUCGUUUCCUACUCUGCCUCAUUCCACGCGCAUCGCUCUCGUGACGGAGAUAAGGCGGCAAACAGGAGGUAAUUUCUUGGAAAUGCGCGCGGGCAAUGCAAUGCAACGCUGCCCAGUCCGCGGACUGGCACCGUGUAAGUAGCACGAGUGCAUGUCUCCGACGGCAAGAGUAAGUACCUGACCUAAGGUACCAGGGAAC